UCUGGUCAUCAGUCGCCUCUCACGCCAGUAGUCUGGUCAACCCUCGAAGUCGCUUCUGCCUUGUCUUCGUCUUCGGCUUCAUCUUCAUCUUCAUCUCUGCCCUCUUCCGGCGGUCCGACCGAGUGGACGCCGCCUCGCUUCUCAUCGCUCGGCAACGGCUCGCUCUCGUCCGACGCCUCCUCCACCACUGCUGGCCUCCACAACUUCUGCAUCAGUUCCACUGCCUGCUCUGAGCCCAGCAGACACGCGGAAGCGUCUGUAGGGAGUCGGGUUCAGGAGGCUCUCUUGCCGGCCUGCCUUUCUGGCAGCUUUGUUCCAACUCGCACCUCCACUCCGACUGCCUCUGGCACCAUCACCUCCGCCAAUCUUUCUGCUGUUCCGAUGGCAACAGCCGCAGCUGCCGCUGCUGCUGCCGUGGCCGCCCUGGUCGCGGUGCACGGCCGCCACCCAACUGCCUCUUCCGUCGGGCAGAUGGGCUCUGCUCGACUCCCGGCCGACGCCGACGCAAACGCCGACUCCAGACGUCUUUCUCUACCGCCAUCCGGCUCGACGAACCACUUUUUAUCCUUCCCAUCGGAGGUGUCUCCGUUCGCCUCCGCCUCUGCUUCUGCCUCCGCUUCUGCCUCCGCCUCCUCGCCUUCUUCGCCCAUGUCGCCAUCGCCGUCACCGCCACCGCAACCACCGCCACCCCCGCCAUCAUCUUCUGCACUGGCUGUACCGUCUGGCCGUCCUGCCUGGCUGGUGGCCAGAUCGGCCAACUCUCCCGUCUUUGCCACGUUGCCAGCUCCGCCAUCGACGGACCCCAACCUUGGCGGUCAAUUGCCCAAUUUGGCUUCGCCAUUCGCGCCGGCGGCCCCGGCCACCUUCGAAGGACUUCUUACUUCGAGUCCAGACUCUCUGGCCUGCCCUUCGACUGCAACCGGUGAGGCUUCCGCGAUGACGACUUCGGCGUUCAGUGUGGCCGCUGCCGCCUGUGCCGCCAUGAAUAGUUGUUAUCUGGCCCAUCUUCAGCAACAGCAGCAGCUGCAGCAGCACCAACAACAACCCGACCACUAUCAGGAGCCAACUCAACCUGGAACCACCGAUGUCGUCUCAAGUGAAGCCGGCCGGCUGGAACGGCGACAGCAUCACUUCCAACCGCGACACCAACGGAGCCAACUUUUUGGACUCCAAGCCAAAGCAAGGCGGCAGCAAACGCCGCCUCAGCCUCCUGCACAUCAGCCCGGGCCUGAGGCUAGGUCAUCAGGACCGCCUGGGUGCCAACUUUUGGCCUCGGGACAACCGCCGACCUUCUCGGCCUCUGUGUCAUCCGCAUCUCCUCCGUCCACUACCUCCGGCUCCACUCCGUUGCAUCAAUCUGAAUUUGGCUCGCUUCUCGCAGAGGCCACUGCUGUUGCCACCUACCAACAGCAACAGCAGCAGCAGCAACAACAACAACGACAACAAUCGUCCAAGUAA